AAAUCACAGGAUCUGCUGCUGCUAAAUCAAUACCAGAAUAUUUUUUCAGACCUUUCUCCAUUUUGUCAGCAACCUUUCUACCGUUGCAGUGGGGUUCCUUUCUGUGGUAGGACACUGGAUCCCAGUACCAUGGAAAGUACUCAUCAGAAGAAGGCAACCUUCGGUAAGCGUGAGAGGCUUCCAUGUAUUGCACCACUCCUAACCACGGUGGAGGAGACGCCACAGAUGGUCUCUGCUCGAGUCCGAGGACAUUUUCCCAAGUGGCUCAGUGGCUAUCUACUUCGAAUUGGGCCUGGGAAAUUCGAGUUUGGGAAGGAUAAGUACAAUCACUGGUUUGAUGGAAUGGCUUUGCUUCACCAGUUCAGGAUAGAGAAGGGCACAGUGACCUAUAGAAGCAAGUUCCUGCAGAGUGAUACUUAUAAGGCCAAUAGUGUUCAUGACCGAAUUGUCAUCUCAGAAUUUGGCACGCUGGCUCUCCCUGAUCCAUGCAAGAAUGUUUUUGAACGUUUCAUGUCAAAGUUUGAGCUGCCUGCAAUAACUGACAAUACCAAUGUCAACUAUGUGCGGUACAAGGGUGACUACUAUGUUAGCACCGAGACCAACUUUAUGAAUAAAGUGGACAUUAAAACUCUGGAAAAAACAGAAAAGGUAGACUGGAGCAAAUUUAUUGCUGUGAAUGGAGCAACUGCACAUCCUCAUUAUGACCCAGAUGGAACAGCAUACAACAUGGGGAACUCCUAUGGGCCACAUGGUUCUUGCUAUAAUAUUAUUCGGGUUCCUCCAGAGAAUGUGGAUCUUGGGGAGACAAUCCACGGAGCCCAGGUGAUAUGUUCUAUUGCCUCUGCAGAGAGGAUGAAACCUUCUUACUAUCAUAGCUUUGGAAUGACGAGGAACUAUAUAAUCUUCAUUGAACAGCCUCUAAAGAUGAAUUUGUGGAAAAUUGUCACUUCUAGAAUUCGAGGAAAGCCCUUUUCAAGUGGAAUAAGCUGGGAACCCCAGUAUAAUACACGGUUUCAUGUGGUCGAUAAGCACACUGGGCAGCUUCUUCCAGGAAUGUACUACAGUAAACCUUUUGUUACUUUUCAUCAAAUCAAUGCCUUUGAAGACCAGGGCUGUGUUGUAAUUGAUUUGUGCUGUCAAGAUGAUGGAAGAAGCCUGGAAGUUUACCAAUUACAGAAUCUCAGGAAAGCUGGGGAAGGGCUUGAUCAGGUCUAUAAUUCAGUAGGCAGAUCUUUCCCUCGAAGGUUUGUUUUGCCUUUACAUGUCAGUUUGAAUGACCCCGAAGGAGAGAACCUCAGCCCAUUGUCUUAUUCUUCAGCCAGUGCUGUGAAACAAGCUGAUGGAAAGAUUUGGUGCUCUUAUGAAAAUCUACAUCCUGAGGAUCUAGAGGAGGAAGGAGGUGUUGAAUUUCCCCAGAUCAACUAUGGCCAAUUCAGUGGCAAAAAGUAUCGUUUCUUCUAUGGUUGUGGCUUUCGGCAUUUGGUGGGGGAUUCUCUGAUCAAGGUUGAUGUGGUGAAUAAGACACUGAAGAUUUGGAGAGAAGAUGGCUUUUACCCCUCAGAACCAGUGUUUGUUCCAGCACCAGGAACCAGUGAAGAAGAUGGUGGGGUUAUUCUCUCUGCAGUGAUCACCCCUGACCAGAAUGAAAACAAUUUUCUCCUAGUCUUGGAUGCCAAGAACUUUGAAGAACUGGGCCGAGCAGAAGUACCUGUGCAAAUGCCUUAUGGGUUCCAUGGCACCUUUGUGACCAUCUGAUGGAGCAACUCGAAACACUUGGAAACUAGCUUUAAAAUGAACAUGCUCUGUACAAAAGGGAGCACAAAAAGGGCACCUUCCCUUCCAAACCACAGACACCUGGUUUUAAAAUUUCUAUUAAAAACAGAAUUCUUGAGAUAAUAAUGGUUUUAUAAUUUUUUAGAGCUCUUUCUUAAAAACUUUAAACAAGUGUUGAUACAACCUUUUGAAGAGAGUUUUAAAUUUAUAU